GUCUAAGUUUAAAAUCCCUGUUUGUUAUAUGCUAUUUAUCUUUUCGAACGGAUGUUAUCUCUACGAUGUUAAGUUGCGAUAUAUGAUAUAGCCCCAAAAACCUACCUACGGCCUAAAACUUAGUGUUUAGCGUUCAUUUUAAUGCCUUUCCGAGUCUCAAAUCGAAAACAUGGCCCGGACUCCCCACGUAGCGGCGUCUAAAAGGCCUAUAACCCAAGAAGACAUAGAAUAUUGGGCCAGAGAUAACCCCAACCGCCCUGGGAGUAGACCCGAAAUUAGAAUCCAAAGCAUUUGCCUAUCUCUUGCACCCGUCGCGCUACGAAUAACUUGGGCAGAGGAAGCUAUCGCUGCUGGCGGCUUAGACGUCAACCAACUACUCCCUCAUUCAAGCCGGCCUUUGCAAGAAGCGAUUGAGAACCCUCAAAAUCGCGACUGGCGCACUAAUACUACACUGGAUCAUUACGAAAGCCUUGAUCUGGUGAGGUGGCUGUUGGAUCAUGGCGCUGAUCCUCGACUGAGAGAUUGGGCUGCCGUUAGUGCGAUAGAUGAAGCAUUGAUAAAUAAGCUUCGUAACAAAGACUCUCCUACAGCCGAGUUCUAUGACCAGGCGCGCAAGAUGAUGAUAGAAGCUGCCAGAAAGCUUGAAGAUAAAGAGGUAGCCGAGAUGAGUAUUUUGGACCGCUGUAAAGACUUGUUCGGUGGUAGCAAGUACUUCCACGACCACUGGUGUGUUCUUUGUAGGUGCGGAUACCUGGGGCAUAAGAAAGGUGAGCAGAAGAAGGACUGCGAGUAUUGCAAGGAAGAAAAGGAGUUUAAUUGGCACUAUAAGCGCGAUGAUGCGUCAAUGGUUAUCGGACGUAAGGCAGAUAAAUUUUGA